AAUAAAUAUACCACAUUCUAUUCCAUACCAGAAACCCUCAAAAAAACAAAAAGAAAAAAAAGGUUGCCUGCUUGAGAGGCUGAUACAUCUAAAUCCCAACUGUAUCCAUCUCUUUAUCAACCCUCAAAAAAAUCCCCAAUUCACACCUAAUUCAAUCCGAUUAAGGCUUCAAAUCACGAUGACGAUGAUGCCGAAUGUGGAAUCUUCAAGAAUUAACAUUGAUGAUUUCGGAAGCUCAAGAUUAUUGCACGAUAUUGAAGAAAUAAGCAAAGCUCUAUAUUUGCAUGACGCCCCGCCAAAGACUAAAACGCCAGACACGUAUACGAAAGACGAUUUAUCAGUAAAUGAAAAAAAAUCUUCCAUUUGGAAAUGGAAACCGUUGAAAGCUCUAACUCAUAUUAGAAAUCAUCGGUUAAGUUGUUCUUUCUUUCUGCACAUUCAUUCUAUUGAAGGAUUACCGUUAAAUUUCAACGACCUUAACUUAUGCGUUUAUUGGAAAAGAAAACACGACGUUUUAAAAAGCCAAUCUAUACGUGUUAAAGAGGGCGUUGCCGAGUUUGAUGAGAUGUUAAUCCACCGUUGUUCGGUAUACGUUAAUAAACAUGAUGUUCAUGAUGACGUGGCAAAGUAUACACCGAAGCUCUCGUUACUCUAUGCAUCGAUAGUCGGAGCUCCUAGUUUAGAUAUCGGGAAGCAGUGGAUUGAUCUCACUAGAUUGCUUCCCCUCACUUUAACGGAAUUAGAGGAUGAAAAAAACCGUUACGGAAAAUGGAUAACGAGUUUUAAGCUUACGGGCAAGGCAAAAGGUGCGACAAUAAACGUUAGUUUCGGUUUUUCUUUAAUGGCGGAUAAUUUAGUAAAGCUGCGUAAUCUUAGAAGCAUUCCAAGUAACUCGAGGCGUGGGACCCACUUUUCGAAUCUAUCUUUUGAUAUGAAAGUGCGUACAGGGGUUUUACCGUAUGAAGAGCCGUCAGUUGAUGUUCUUUAUGAGUUACUUGAUGCAAAAACAAGUUAUUCAAAAGAGUUAAAGUCGAUACCUAGUGAGAGUUAUGAUGAUGAGUUCACGGUAAUUGAUAAAGGUAUUGAAUUUUCUAACUCGGUUGAAGAUUCUUGUAUCGAGACCAUUAAUGUGGCUGACCUUUUCGAUGAUACGGAAACCGAAGCUGUUUUUGAUGAUAUUAGUUGUAAAGAGAAUGAUACUUUCUACCCUGAAGAAUCCGAUGAAGAAGUCGAAUUAUUUUUGCAAAAUCUCUCUGCAUCCGAAAAGCUCGAAUUGGAUUUAAAUUUUCGCGAAAACCAGUUUCAUGAAAAUGACUAUUGUGGAGGGGGUAAAAUGGUAAAAUCACGUAGCUUAGAUGACUUAACAAACACCGUUGUUCAUGAUUUCAUGAACUUGGUCGGUUUUGAUGACGAGCCUGAGCCUGAGCCCGAGUCUCCAAGAGAGCGGCUUUUGAAACAAUUUGAGAAGGAAACUUUAGCUUCGGGAAAUUUUGUUUUUGAUCUCGAUGUUAACGAAGAUCAAAAUGACUGUUCUAACAUUUUUGAUUCAUCGUUUUUAUUUCAAACGGCUGAAACGGAACACGAUUAUCAGGCGGGUCCCUCUUUAAUUAGUAGAAGGAAAGCUAAAAUGCUUGAGAAUUUAGAAACCGAAACGUUAAUGGAAAAAUGGGGUUUAAACGAGCGGGCGUUUCAAAACUCUCCAAGAACCGAUUCAGGUGCGUUUGGAAGCCCGGUUUAUCUUUCACCCGAAAAGACACAUGAACUACCUUCUCUUGGAGACGGGCUGGGCCCGUUUUUGAAGGCCGAAAGUGGUGGAUUUUUACGGUCUAUGAAUCCGUUGCUGUUUAAAAAAGCGAAAAACGGUGAACGGUUGGUUGUGCAAGUGUCGAGUACCGUUGUGCUACCUCCUGUAAUGGGGUCUAAUGGUAUGGAUAUUUUGGUAAAUUGGGCGACUUUGGGACCCGGAAAGAUGCUUUCUCAGGUGACCCGUUUGAUGCCGUUGGAGGUAAUAACGGGAAUGACGUUGCAACAAGCGGUUUGGAAAGGUGAAUCGCCAAUGGCGGUGAUUGAAAGGGGGGACGCGCUACUUCAUGAAUUAGAGACCAUAGAAACACGAACAAACAUUUAUUGUGAGAUUGAUUCAGAAUGUGUUUCUUUAAGCGAUAUUAUCCCUUCGACAAUCGAAAAGAUUCAGUAUCUUUUAAUUGAAGGAUUAAGAAUUCAAUCAGGGGUAUCAACCGAAGAACCUCCCGCAACCAUAAACUCAACCUCUACAACCAGCACCGACAUCGAAGAACUAAUCGAAACGUCAAUAUCAUUAGACGACUGGAUAAAGUUCGAUUCUGCAAAAUCUUUUCAAAAUAAUUGUGGGUAUUUUGGUAACUUCACGUUAGCACUGCAAGUGUUGCUUAGGGAUCCAUUACGAGACUAUGAGCCCGUUGGUAUCCCAAUGCUCGCGCUACUUCAACUGGAGAAAAGCGAGGGUGUUGACCGGAUGUUCAAAGUCAACGAAGUUUAUGUGACGGGUUUGAAAGCUAACUUGCAGAAGAAGCAACAAUCGGGUUCGCGUUGGUUGUAUUCUAGUGGGAUGACGGGUAAGACCAAAAGGCAUCCGUUGACCAAGUCAACUGCAUUAGUGAAAUCGUCUGUACAGUCGUCGAUAAACAGAAUGAAACAUCAAGAGACAUUGUGGAGUAUAUCGUCGUACAUACAUGGUGAAGUAGAUAAAUGGAAAGAAUUAUCGGGACUUGACUUAUAUGUAAGAAACCCUGAUAUUACAUUUAAAUGAACGAUAUGAAGUUCAUGUGAAUUUUUUUAGCAUAAAGAAUUUACAUGUAUAUUGGGAUUUUGACCACAUAUAGAGAGGUAUGUCUGUUGAAAAUACGAAUUUAUGAAAUGUAAUUGUUCAAAGGCUGAAUUUUUUAAAUCUUUAUAUGAUUUAAUAA